UAGGCAUGAGUACAAAAUGGUCAAUACAAUAGCUAAGUCCUCUCAGGAUACAGAGCUGGAGAGUACCAAUAGUCUUCAAGCUGGACAUGUCAACAGUACCCUAGUUAAGUCUAUAUUACCUCAAGAGCAGACAAGCUCUCCAAAUGACACUGCACAUCUUUGUUGGCACUCAGGGAUCUGUAAUGGGAGAGUCACCAAGGUCACUUUCUCAACCUUAAACACUGAACCUAAGUCAACUUGGUGUUGGUUGGACAAAUGUCUUCCCUUUCCAAUAGAACAAAAGGAGAAAUCAUUUUCAGUUUAUGCUUCUCUGAACUAUAAUUCCAUUAAAGAUAGGAAGCCAGUUCAGGCUCCAAUUCCUUGUUCCAGAAGUGUUGAAAAGUACCAGACAACAUCUGCUGGGCAACUUCUGAUGUCCCCUAUUCUUUGGAAGUCACUAAAACAAAAGGACUGUUCCGAAGAAAUACAACAAUUGGAUGCAAGCAAGUUUCAACAAUCAGCCAAGAGAUCAAGCAGGAUGGGAGCGCGAACAAAAUCAAGGCACAUGAAGAGGAAUAAAGACAGCUGCCGAGAACAUCCCCACAGCAAAGUUUCGCACCGCAUGACACACAGGGGCUUGUGCCAAAACCAGAGGAAGAAGAAGACCUGUCCUACUUCAAGUCUUACGUCAGAAUAUAUUUUACAGAGGACCAUGACAUCUUCCUUCAGAGAUCAUACAGACAAUAUACUUAUAUUACAUCCUACUGCACUUCAACCUGGAGACAAGAAAGAAGAGGGUGAUUGUGGACAAGAGAUGGACAGUCAUAUACAUGAAGGUACAUCUACAAAAAUAGCCUCAGCACCAUUGUUUGCUCCUAAACCCCAGAUCACUGCUGGAGAAAAUUCCAAGUUACAACUCCCUGAAGUGUUUUCCAGUCUAAAAUUCCCCCAAACAACAUCCUUAAGCUGGCAGAAGUCAUGUAAUCUUCCCACUAGCAAAGAGGAAACAACAUCUGACCAGUUAACAUCUGAAUUUAAACGGGUUCACCUACAACAAGAUCUAGUUGAUGGUCCCCCUCAAAAGCAUGGGAGAAGAAUACUGCAUAGGUCCAAAACCAUAGGACAUAGUAUGGGGGAGGAAACCAUAGGACCAAAUAACAAUCUUGCAUUACAUAACAGCAGUUUGCCCCUUUUGACAAAUGUUGACCUGCAGUGUAGAGUUCACACAGAUUCCUUAAAUAUUGUAUGCAGUCCAUCUCUACAAAACACCAGGAAAUCUGUAAUUGGUGGAUGUAGACCUUCAGAUCACAAUUCAGAUUCUGGGAAGGCUAUAGAAUCUCGAGAAUUAUCAAUGGCCAUGAAUGUUCCUUCACAGAAUGAUUGUCGUGCUUCAAAACCUGAGGAGAAAAGUCUUAAAUUUCAGAAGAAAGUUAACCUUGAGGUUAUGAGAAAGCAAACCCAUGUGGAAUAUAGUGAUACCAGCAGUGAUGAUGAAGAUCGACUGUACAUAGAAAUCGAAAGAGAGUGAUUUGGAAUAAUAACAUCAUAUACCCAUGAUCUUAAUAUCUGCCAAAAGACAAUUCCUCUUCUGUGGAAUCGGAAAGUAAUUUUUGUGGAUUUCUUUCAUUUUACUACUCGUUUAUAUUGACUAAUGAAUAGCAAGAUAUAAUAAGGUUCUUUUUCAUCUUUACCGGGUUAUUUACUUUUUUUUCAUUACCCUAAACCAUUAUUUGAGGCUGCGUACUGCCAAGGACAUGCUUUCCUUGUAGAUAUUAAUUUAAAGAGUACUAGCUACCUAAACAAUGGGCAUCUUUCAGUAGAAAAUCUGAGCUGAACUUUUAAAAGGGUCGUGGAAAGCUGACUGCAAAAUUUCACCAAGACAGGGAUAGGAUAUCAUUGCUGGGCUUGCAUGUGGAGGAUAAAACAGUCUCUAAAAGGUUAAGUGAUGUGAUAGCACAUAAACCCCUUCUUAUCAUAAGGGUGUGUUAUAAAUUGGAUUUUUAUACAGGAAUCCCUCCCCCCCUUUAUAUAAACCGGUUGUGGGUAACAACAUUUUUUACUGCCCUCAUUAUCACCACCAGCAGUGAUGGCUGGUGCUCAAUAUUUUGUGAGGGGGGGCAAACCCACACCCCCUCCUGCAGAUGGGAAGGUGGCGAUGAGAGGCCUCCCUACCUUAGGAGGUAGAUGAUAAGGAUCCGGGGUAAAAUCCUAUUAAAAUCCAUGCGUCCGGCGCCCUGCAUGUAGAUUAGGAGCCGGGCUCAUGGAUUACAGGGACGGUACCAUGCACCCUUUAUGGACGGGCCGCCACUGACCACCAGCACUAGGUUUACUACUACUACUUGUUUAGAUUAAACCAUGGCAGCCAUAGAAUGCAGAGGGCCCCUGUGUGAAUGAACAGUUUGGGCCUCUUUUUGACAUUUAUCAUUUAUUCCAUGUAACAAAUUGCAUUCUUCCUGCAUGCUAACAUACCAGCUAACAUACCAGAUAUGGCGAAAAAGUUAUUUGGUACCUACAGGAAGUCACAUGGCACCUGCAAGUGUAAGUUCCUAUUUUGCCACCUUUUAGCCUCUUACUAUUCAUUCCAGCCACAUCUUCCCCAGUUUCACCAGAAAUAUUGACAUUGCUUUCAGUAACAAAAAUUGAUCUAGGUUGUGUGUUCUUCCAUUGCAAUGACAGGUCCUCUUCAGCUGAAUGCAUCUGGUCAGUGAUGUGACUUUACUUGCUCUCCCUUGUAUGGAUGGGAUUCUAGUGAAUUAUUUACUGGUCAUUCCAGCUACUGUCAAAGGUGGGUGCAUAAAGCAUGGAGUAGUCAGGUUCAGGAAAUUGCACAAAAUAGACACCAUUUAAAUAAAGAAAUAAAAGCUUAGAGGCAAUUUACAGUUCAUUAUAGGUUAAUGUUAUCAAAUUUUUUUGACGAAUUGUAUUAUCCUAAUUAACUUAGGAGUGGUUAUAGAUAGUAGGUUCAGAACGCUAAGUUUUAUUUUGUGAUUUCGUUGUUUUUGAUGUAUAAUUGUAACAAAUUCCAGCUUUUUAUCCGAAUGUUUACAGUACUGUUCUCUGCCAUUUUAUAUAUUAUUAUAUUUUUUGUGGUACUAUAUUGAUUCCAGGUGUCAUUGGCAUUGACACACAUCUUGCAGCAUAAGCAUUGAAUGUUUUAAUGUUAUUGUGUUUUUUAAAGCUUUAAACCUGUAAGAGGUAAUGUGCAUUUUUUUUGUGUUUUCUUUUUGCCUUCCCCACUUGAUGCUUUUUGACAAUCAAUAUAGUUUUAUAUCUAUAUAAUGUAUAAUAUUUACUUACUGCUUGUAUUUUACAUAAAACUGACAUGCAAAGGAUUUCAGGAAUUUCCAUUUUGGAGCUGUUAUUUUCUAGUUUGACAUUAGUAGUAAAAAAUAAAAAAAUAAAAAAACAAACAAAUUAAAUUUAACCCUGGGCAAUUUGAACUGGAUAUAUAAUAAAAAAUAAUGCAUAAGUAGAGAUUGUUGUCACAAAAAAGAAUUAUAUAUAUAUAUAUACUGUAUA